AAAUGGCGUCUAAAUGGGGGCGCUAUAAUCGUUUGCAUCCAUGCGCUUUACUAAAUUGUGAUCAGUAGCGCAGAAGCAAGUAUCGGGAGUAGUUGGUGGGUGUUAAUUUUUUUUAUAACAUCUUACCUCGUCGUCUAAAAGACGAGUGGCUGAUACGCCAGGGAAGAUACUCGCUGUUGUGCUUCCGCGUGUGCCCGAAAAAUGUAAUAUGGCGAUGGUCGCGUCGAACAUGAGCGGCCACAUACAAAAGCAGCUCACUAGAAGUCUUGAGCGAAUCCUGGAAGAAGCACACUUAAGUGGUGAGCUCAAGCUUAGCGGUCGAAAACUUAAGGAUUUUCCAAAAGUCGGAAAAACAGGCUCUAGUAAAUAUAAUCUUCAGGAUACAGUUAUUGCCGAUUUAUCGAAGAACCGUUUCGCCGAAUUGCCGGAAGAGGUGACGGAAUUCCUGUUCCUCGAAAAGCUCCAUCUCUACCACAAUGCCAUAAGAAUAAUACCGGAAACUGUGGUGAUGCUACAGUCCCUCAACUACCUCGAUCUUAGUCGCAACCAAUUGACUUCUCUACCUCGGGAGAUAUGCAGGCUACCGCUGCAAACGUUAUUGGUCGCUCACAACAGAUUGGCAUCUCUGCCGGACGAAUUGGGCAGGAUGUCGGCGUUGGCCGAGCUCGAUGCGGGAUGCAACGAAAUCACGAAUCUGCCACCCCGCAUGGGCGAUCUUGCGCGACUUAGGUCCUUAGAUUUGAGGAGCAACAUGAUCNUCGCAGAACUGACGUACCUGAGACUCGUAAAGCUGGAUAUCAGCGGCAAUCGAAUAUCCGUGCUUCCGAACGAGAUGAGGAAAAUGAAGAGUCUGGUCGAUUUUCGGUUGUCCGAUAAUCCUUUGACCUCGCCACCUGCCUCGUUAUGCAUUCGCGGGCGAACGCACAUCUUUAAAUAUUUGGAGAGACAGGCGGCGAAACACGAGAGAGCCAGAGGUGGCCGCGCUAGGAGAACACCUUUGGAUGUUAGAGGUCACGCGACUUUGGACACGAGGACCANGCGACACAACGUAGACAGUGGAUACAGCACGAGCGACGGCGUCGACAAACGUUGGUCUCAAGAGAUUCACAGCGCGGUGCACGACGGUGAGAUUCGAGGGUUGUGGCGUCAAGAAUGCUCGCCCCUUUCGAUCACGUUGCCUCACGAGACGGGCGUGAAUGGAUCCUGCAGCGGAACCUCGACUCCUAGUACCAUCUCGCCUGGCGAGCACACGUCUCUCGAGGAUGAGCUCGGCAAGGCAAUGAUACUGCACGAUCAAUUGGAAAAGAGGAAAUUAGAAAGGAGCACCUCGGAGAAUGGUGCCGAUGUCAGAAGACCGAUGACCUCUGGUUUCUAUCACGCGUCGAUUACGCCACCCGGUCCCCUCGAAUCCGCUCAUCUGAAUCAAACGUUGCCGGUAUCGACCAACACGCAAUCCGUGCAACCGUUGCAAACUUCGACCUCUAACGCUACCUCGUUGAUGAACGGAGACGAGAAAAGGCCGCUCAAUCAUAUUCAAACUUACAGAGAGUAUAAAGAGGCUUUGAGACAACAAAGGGCAAACGAAGGACCGAGCGUGUACAGGCCGCGAGAACAAGUUACACCGCCAGGCAACGAAUCGCAGAACAACUCGGAGACGACGGAUUCGGCUAGUAACAAAGACGCGGUUGCUUUGACCGGUAAACAGAUCUUCAACGAGGAGAACGCGACCAAGAGACCGGUGCAGAAGGUAACACCGUCACGCAUCAACUAUCAGAACACGCCGAUUAUCAACGGUAGCAAUAACGAAUACAACAAUAAGAACGGGAAAUACCUCGAGCAGCCGUAUAAGAAGCCUAAUUCGCCGAUCAAAACAUCCUCGAGCAUUUUAUCUUCCAACACGAGUCCAGGACACGCACCUAGAUUAGUCAAAACCGCUGUUGGUUACGUGGAAGGUAACAAGAGUCCGAACAGGAACGGUGGAAGUCCAAAGUCUCCUCGAUCGGUUACAUGGAACAGCAACGUGCCGGAAAAAUAUUCGUUCACUAUGAGAAGAGAGUUCGAGCGUGCCAAGGAGGAAGCUGACUUGAUCGAGCAACUUCGAAACCAUAUUGAGACACGGUUGAAGAUGGCUUUGCCGGAAGAUCUCGCCCCGGCGCUAACGGAUGGUGUUGUACUUUGUCACUUGGCAAACCACGUAAGACCCCGAUCGGUUGCCAGUAUCCACGUUCCUUCGCCAGCUGUGCCCAAGUUGACAAUGGCAAGAUGCAGGCGUAACGUCGACAAUUUUCUCGAAGCGUGUCGAAAGAUAGGCGUUGAUGAGAAUCUCGUGUGCUGCGCCAGCGACGUGCUGGAAGGAGGUCGAGGAGUGGUACGUGUGGCUGUCACGGUCUCGGAGCUGCUCAGGUUCCAUCAGUCACGGUCACCGUUGCAAACCACGUCAUCCUCGAACGUGCCGAACCACGUGUCCGCUUAGCGCCAAACGAUAUAAAGACGAUGUAAUCGGAUAAAUAAUCUUGUCGACCAUGAAAGAAAGACGGACCCGCGGCCAUGUUUUUCCCGAUCGAUGUGUGUACCAAGGAAGAAUGGACACCGACACCAACGUCUUGUCAUUCGUUUUUCUAUUACACGUGAUUUCGUUGUACGUACAGGCACAAACGAGACGAGACGUUUCUCGGGUCCAACUUCUCAAGAUCGAACAAUAACGCUAUAGAGGAUCGAUAAUCUCCAGAUUUUUAUACUCAUUACGUACGCGUCAGAUACGAUCGCGUGUCUGGUCGUAUACCAGCGAUUUUCUCUA